AUGAUAAUCGCUUACGCAUGCAUGAUGGGAACAGCCUUCGGGCUUAUAAUAACUUCCACUGACGGUAAGGGAGAAUCUCUUGUGAAUAAGAAUGGAAGAGCAUAUAUGUCCUCAGAAGGAAAGCCUGUAGACUUCAAGGUCGAGGAGAUAGUAGCAGGAGGAGAGAUUUUUACUGACAAGAGCACUGGCAAAGUUCUGGAUAUAGAAGGAGGUAGGACAAAUCUGAUCUUCUAUAGCAACCAUAAAGGCGCAAACCAGAGAUUCGGUGUUGUCGCAGACGGAGCAGGUGGCCACUACAUUAAAAACGGGAACAAGUGUCUGGAGCGCGGCACGGAAGGAAACAUGUAUCUGACCACGUGCUCUUCAAAACCUCAGCAGAAGUUUGCCCUUGUCUACUCACCUGACGACCCAGGGUAUACGCCGCCUGUCGAGGUUCCUGUUCCUGCUGAAGCAUCUGCGCCUGCAGCUCCUAAUCCAUCACCGCAAAUACUUAUAUUUAAUGGAGGAAGAAAAAAGCAUCUCCAUGUACAUAAUCCUCACGAUGAAUCUUCCUCUGCAUUUGAUGAGGGUAGUCGUUUUUCUAGCAACAAUGGUCUUAUUGUAUAA